AUGUCUGGCCGUGGAAAGGGUGGCAAGGGUCUCGGCAAGGGUGGCGCCAAGCGUCACCGCAAGAUCUUGCGUGACAACAUUCAGGGUAUCACCAAGCCCGCUAUCCGCCGUCUCGCCCGCCGUGGUGGUGUCAAGCGUAUCUCCGCCAUGAUCUACGAGGAAACCCGUGGUGUCCUCAAGACCUUCCUCGAGGGUGUUAUCCGUGACGCUGUCACCUACACUGAGCACGCCAAGCGCAAGACUGUCACUUCUCUUGACGUUGUCUACGCUCUCAAGCGCCAGGGCCGUACCCUCUACGGUUUCGGUGGCUAA